UCCCAAUAUACAUAUAAAAUGAGUCGUACAAAGAACCGAAAAAAACAGAUUAACUUUAAACUCGUGUACGUAACAGCACCUCGAUCCAAUUAAGUAUGCGAGUCAAUUGAUGCCAUGCACACAAUACGUCAGGAUACCAAGUAGGCUAAAGAAAGGGCGCCAACUUUAACGCAUGCGCAAACUCAAACGGCGAACAGUUCCACUCACGUUGCUCAGUAUCCGCGGAGACCGCAAUCCGAACGCGCGGGUCUAAAGCCUUUCGUGCUUACCGUGGACGCGAGUGCACGUAAGAUUGGAGCCGUAUUAACGCAAGGGGUUUUCGCGGUGGAAUGGUCGUGAGGGCAUAGUUCGUGCGAUGCGCUUAGCGCGUGAUGGGCGCGCUAGGCGUGAUAGUGGCGCUUGCGCUGGUGAAGACCUGUGCACCACUCUACCACCACCAGUUCGCUGUGCAUGUGCCGGGGGGAGCGCCGGCAGCGCACCAGUUAGCACACCGUCACGGUUUCGUCAAUCACGGACAGAUCGGAAGCCUGAAGCAGUUCUUCCUGCUGUCACACCCAGACUUGAGCAAACGCUCGCCCAACGCCAGUAUAGACUACGAGAAUAGACUGAAAAAUGAUCCGCAGGUGAGAUGGGUGAUGCAGCAACGAGAGCUGAGGCGGUCAAAGAGGGACCUCCAACCGCGGCACGUCAUGCGGCAGUCCACUCCGUCCUUUCCAGACCCGCUGUUCAAGGAGCAAUGGUAUUUGAAUGGCGGGGCGGCCGACGGUCUGGACAUGAACGUCGGCUACGCGUGGAGGAAGGGAUACACGGGAAAAGGGGUAGUCAUAACCAUUUUAGAUGAUGGCAUUCAGCCCAACCAUCCAGACUUGUCGCAAAACUACGACGGGACCGCAUCGACCGAUAUAAACGGGAACGACACGGACCCGACGCCGCAGGACAAUGGCGACAAUAAACAUGGCACCCGGUGCGCGGGAGAGGUGGCUGCGGUCGCGUACAAUAGGUACUGCGGCGUCGGUAUUGCGUAUAACGCGAGCAUUGGAGGCGUCAGGAUGUUAGACGGCCUUGUUAAUGACGCAGUCGAGGCCCAAGCGCUAGGCUUCAACCCCCACCAUAUAGACAUAUACAGCGCAUCCUGGGGACCCGAGGACGACGGCAAAACUGUCGACGGACCGGGUCCUUUAGCUAGAAGGGCCUUUAUAAAUGGAGUGACUAACGGCAGGGGAGGAAAGGGGUCGAUCUUUAUAUGGGCGUCGGGGAACGGAGGAAGACACACCGACUCUUGUAACUGCGACGGAUACGCAAAUAGUAUUUUUACGAUAUCGGUAUCUAGCGCAACCCAAGGCGGUUAUAAACCGUGGUAUUUAGAGGAAUGCUCUUCUACUUUGGCUUCGACUUACAGCUCCGGUACUCCGGGGAGGGAUAAAAGUGUUGCCACAGUUGAUAUGGAUGUUCAAUUAAGGCCGGAUCACUUAUGUACGGUAGAUCAUACGGGCACGUCUGCCUCCGCCCCUUUAGCUGCGGGUAUAUGUGCAUUAGCACUAGAAGCAAAUCCUUUACUAUCGUGGCGAGACAUCCAACAUCUAGUCGUUUUAACUUCAAGGUCACAGCCAUUAGAAAAAGAAGAAGGGUGGAUCGUAAAUGGAGUGAAGCGAAAAGUAAGCCACAAGUUUGGCUACGGUUUAAUGGACGCCGCCCAAAUGGUCACAUUAGCCGAACAAUGGACGAGCGUGCCACCUCAACACAUUUGCAAGUCGCAAGAAAUAAACGAGGACAAGUCGAUCGAAACUUCUUCCGGUUACACGAUAUCAAUGCAUAUGGAUGUCAAUGGGUGCAGCGGUACCGUAAAUGAGGUCAGGUUUUUGGAACACGUUCAAUGUAAAAUCUCACUCAGCUUUUUCCCCAGAGGUAAUUUGCGCAUACUGCUUACAUCACCAAUGGGAACGACUUCGACCCUUUUAUUCGAAAGGACGCAUGACGCCACGAGCUCUAAUUUUGACGAUUGGCCGUUUUUAAGUGUCCAUUUCUGGGGCGAGAGCGCCGAAGGACGAUGGACCCUUCAGAUAAUAAACGCUGGAAAUAAUCACGUGACCCAAGCGGGGCUAUUAAAAAAAUGGCAGCUGAUUUUUUACGGCACCGCCACCAACCCCAUUAGACUACGAAAUAAAAGCUACUUUACAUCAAAUAAUAACGCAUACCAGGACGAGAAGGCUUAUCACGUAAACGACGUUUACGAUGCCUCCGAAUAUUCGCAAUUCCUCAACGAAAUCGAGCUCGGAAUUUCGGACAGACAUGCCAAUCCCAAAAAUAUUCCUUCCGCGCAAAGAAAAAAUGUUUUGGCGGAUGCCAAUGAUAAACAAGUGCAAAGGCUAUGCGAUCCGGAAUGUGAUUCACAGGGCUGUUAUGGCAAGGGUCCCACGCAAUGUGUGGCGUGUAAACAUUACAGGCUGGACAACUCAUGUGUGUCGCGCUGUCCACCGCGGAGUUUUGUGAAUCAAGGCGGCGUGUGCUGGCCCUGCCACGAGUCAUGCGAGACUUGCGCCGGUGCCGGCCAAGAUUCCUGCCUGACUUGCGCUCCGGCUCAUCUCUUGGUCAUCGAUCUAGCCGUCUGCUUACAACAAUGCCCGGAUGGCUACUAUGAGGACCCCGAUGCCAACGCCUGUUUCCCGUGCGCAGAGCACUGUGACACAUGCUCCGAGAAAGCAGACAUGUGUGCCUCAUGCGCUCAUAACUAUGUACUCUAUAACGGUUCUUGUUUAGCGACGUGUCCGCCAGGCACAUAUCAAAAGGAUGACUUUGGUUGCUUGCCUUGCCACGGGACUUGCGAGUCAUGCAACGGCCCAAGCGAGACGGCGUGUGUCUCAUGCAGGAUCGGCAAUUACGUAUUCAAAGGCCGUUGCGUUGAAAAAUGCCCAACCGGAUAUUACGCAGACGUUCAGAGAAGAGAGUGUAUAGCAUGUCCCAUUGGGUGUUCCAUGUGCUCAAACAUAAUAUGCACAGCAUGCAAAGAUAAAUGGAUUUUUACUAAAGGAGGAAAAUGCCUCCCAAGUGGCAACGAGAAAUGUGAUACAAACGAGUACUACGAGGAAGGUCGAUGCAAAAAUUGCCAUUCUACUUGUGAGAAAUGUAGCGGUUCGAAUGAGUGGGACUGUUUGUUUUGCUCGAGCCCGCUGUUAUUACAGGGAUCGAGGUGCGUGGCUGAAUGCGGGCAGGGAUAUUUCCAGACGGCCGGACGGUGUUCAAGGUGUCCACACACGUGCACUGCCUGCGUGUCGCGAUUGAACUGUACGUCUUGUGCGGGUGUUUUGCGUUUACAGUCCGGCACGUGUAGAGCUACCUGUGCUCCUGGGUACUACCCUGACGAAGGAACCUGUUCAAAAUGCUACCUGUCGUGUGAAACAUGUACAGGCCCUCGGAGAGACCAGUGUGCAUCUUGCCCUCCAGAAUGGAGGUUAGCCGCCGGCGAGUGCAGGCCAGAAUGUCCUCAAAACUUCUUUCCAUGGCAAGACAGUUGCCGGCGAUGUCACCAUUAUUGUCAAGAUUGCCACGGCGCGGGGCCGCAGCGUUGCACAUCUUGCCCAACUCACUUCUCCUUGGAGAAAGGCCUAUGUGUGGAGUGCCUUAGUUCCCAAUACUACGAGCCCAGGACGCGGACAUGCCGUCCUUGUCACGACUCCUGCAGGUCUUGUUCCGGGCCUGGGGCUACAAGUUGUGUCACCUGUGCUCACCCAUUGCGUUUAGAUAGGGUAAAUCACAAGUGUCUGCCAUGCUGUACAGAAAGCAUGGUUUCAAAUUUUUUGAGCACCAACGUGUCGACUGAUUGUUGCCAUUGCGACAAAGAUAUAGGAGGCUGUUUAAACGGCUCAUCGGCGGGUAAACGGCGCAUUGCGGAGAACAUUCGCACUCAUAUAACAGCCUCGUUUUUUGUUGACGAUUCGAAGGACCGCUCGAAUAUCUGGGACCAUGAUUUAUUGGCAGUGGGGAGUGUCGGCGCGGCGCUUCUUGUAGUCAUCAUAGUAUUUAUAGUUAUAAGGUUUAACAUAAAGAAGCGUAAGCGGCGCACAGUUUUCCCGCAAGCAGAAUACUCCCAGCUGACAACCCUGGACGAGGACAUGGUCCCUCUGAAGGCGACAGCCCUGACCGUUACGCCGGAGAAACAAGUAGGCCUACUGGAGGAACCAACAUAGUGAAUACAGAGUCAAUAUAAAUAGGAUAAGCCCUGUUGUGGACUUGCCGGAUGAAGCCUUACCUCAAAGAUAUACGUUUUUCCCCUUCUAACAGUGGCACGGCGCACAAGAGUAGGUAAACAUAUCUUUGAAGUCAGCUGAAUAAAUCAAUUCGAAAGUGUUGUUCGACAUUACAAACUACAGACAGAACAAAGUGUAAAAGAAAGAUGUAGAUUUUAUGUUGUUUUCCUUACAGCUGUCUUUAAAAACUUUAAUUGUUUGCUUUUUAAGAUCCGCCCACUUUAAACAGUUUGUGAAGGAUGCACUUCAAUUUAAAUUUGACUGCAUUUCUUUGUCUUCAAACUUUUAUAUAAACGAUUAAAGCAUUAUGUAGCACAGGGAUAAAUUCAAAUGGGUAAAUAAGUGGUACGUUUGUUCAAGAGGAAAAAAUGUAUGGCUGGCAAUCUCGAGGUCCCACAGGAUUUUUUCCUGCCAAUUCUAAUUCACUUUUACACGCCCGUAACCUUUUUCCGUUUUGUUUUGGCUGCUAUAGUAAAGGUAACAGCUUUAUAAUUAUUAUGCGCAUCUCACAAAGGAUCAUCCGGCAUGUUUGUAACAGAGAUUAAACUACAGACUGAUGUGUAAAGGUUUGAAUAUAUGAUUACUGUGUACAUAGCUUAGGAAUUAUAUGAUAUAGACCACUUUGACAUGGCCAAAGAGUUGUAGUCAAUUUAUAAAAUAGUCGAGUAGUUUAACUGUAUUAAUAUUUUAUUAAAAUAAAAGUUUUAUUAGGUACUAUUAACGAUGCGAAAGUCAAUAUUGAAUUUCCGUAGCUAUUUGGUAGGAUGAUGAAGUACUAAAAGACAAAGCCUAAUUUCUUAGAAAAAUAUGUUUACCGUAAUUAGUAGGAAGCAAUUGAGAAUCUCCUUGUCAUUUUUCCAGUUGUUACACCUGUCAAUACAACUUUAGCCAGAAAGAGAUCUUAUUAAAAUAUAAUGUACUGAAAUGUAACUGGUGGGCAACAGCAAUCCAUUAUUGCACGCUAACAAAUAGUCAUAUAUAGUCAGGUGACAUAGUCAAGUUGGCGAGAUAGGCGCCAGCAUAGACUAUUUCGGGUUGCUUUAUCCCGUCAGUGCCUUUAGAAACAAAUAUAUAUAAAGAAAUAGUAUCAUAUAUUUAAAUACCUGUUUCGAAAAAAUUACGGUAUCCACCAUCCUUAUAAAAGUUAUCAUUUUUUAAUUUAAAAUUGUCUUAGAUCCACGCAACGGUACCUAAUCCACUAUAUGUGUACUGUGUAUGUAUACUGUUAUAACAUUUAGGCCAUGUCAAAUCUGGUUGUACAAGUCUAAAUUUUGAGGGCAAUUAUCUACGACUAUAUCUAGGUAUUUAUUACCUAUCAUCAUUAUAAAUCCACUUUUGGUUGAUGUUCCAGACAUCUGCUGUCAUUUUUUUAUCCAGGUUCCAAAGAGUGAAAAAUAGUAUACUGAUAUUGUCUACUAGAAUUGACAGAGUUUCAAUUUGUAUAAUUCUUUAGGUAUCAUUGCAGGGAGUUUUUUGAAAACACUGGGGCUAUUUGUAAAAUUUUAAUAUUUUAUUACCGUACAAAGCGAUCGGUGUAAAAGAUUAAACCAUAGCCGUUUUGUACGGUUAUAUGAUUAAAAAUAAUCAUAACGUAUUACAUUUAUGGUUCAUAAUGUGUAGUUCCAGAGGUUUCCAAUAAAACAAACCAAAUAAUGAUGCCAACUACUUUUUUAUUACUAACACACGUCGCAAAGUUAUUAUUUAUCAAACCUAUGUAUUUAUUGGUGUGUAGAUUUUCAUUAUAUGAGAGAGUUAGUAUCUGCAUACUAGCUAUGUUUGCACAUAUUAUAUGAAUUAUUUACACGCUUCGAGUAUUCAAUUACGUCAUUUAAUAUUCAGAGUUAAUUGCUGUAGACAUUUGUAUGUAAAUGAGUGCAUAUGUUUAUCUCGGCCACUCCACGUUUUAUUAAAGUGUGCUUGAUUAUUUUAAGCCUUUCGAUGGACCGGUUUAUUACUUUGAGAAUAGUAAAAUUCACACUUAGUUAAAGUACUGAAAAUAUGACUCGGCCUGUCAACACUAAAAAUGCUUAAAAAAUGUAUGUGUUUCAAAUAUUUCUGAAAGAGGAUUUAAAUAACAUUCAAAUAGGUAACUUCAUUUAAACGAUAAUAUAAUACACUCGAGAGCAACGAGAACGAGUUUGUAUGGAAUUUACAAUGAAAGUUACCCGUUUUCACUGAUUUUAAUUAUAAAAUAACCAUGGAUACACUUUGUCUCUAUUGUGUACCUAAAAUAAGAGUUUUACUCGUAUUGUGGUUUGUUGAACUUUUACUCCGUCACCGUAUAUAAUAUGUAUUUAGGUAUGUAUAUUUAACGAUACAUGACAUUACUCAGUAGCAGUACAUUUUAACUGAAAUUAAAUUUCAACCUAUUACUACUACUAAAACACACAUUAUUUGCCUACGAUCUAGAGAAAAUUGUUAAUUUAUGUAAUAUUAAAAUUAUUUAUCUUCGUCUAUGUACCUACAUAGGUAGGUAUACCUACCUACAACAAAUCGGACCACUGAUUUAUUGUGUUUUCUAAGGGACCUAUCCUUCGCUCGUUGCUAUUUUGACUCAGUUUUUUUUAACAAGAGAUAAUUAUGUAUCGUCACCUAUUUCACUGGUCACCUGGCAGCUUAGUCAAGGUGACAAUCGCUUGCGCUUCGCCAUCGAAUCGCUUUGUGUCUCUCUGUCACUUCCAUAUUAGUGUGACAGUGACAGUAGCGUUUCGUUCUCUACGUAGCGUUAGCGAUUGGCAUGUUGUCUACGGAGCAUGUUCUAAAAUAAUUCUUAUAACACGAGCAAGGUACUUUAAAAAAAUGUAACCAAAGUUUUAUGUCUAUUAAUGUUGUCCUCUAUAUUACUAUUGUGUUAGGUCAUGUUUCAUUCUAGAGUUUAACGUUAACAUAUCUUAAAAUAAUUUCGUUCGUUGAUAUUGUUGGUUAGUGGAUACAUCGAGCGGUUGUAUAUACAUUUAAACGGCAAAUUGGAAUGAUUUUAUGUAAAUAUGUAUAAAAUGUAAAUACAUCGAUGGUUUUUAUGAUGGCAUAA